AUGUCAACUUAUGAAUUUCAAGAAACUUUGGAAAAACUUCCUAUUCCUGAUUUAAAUCAAACUUGUGGAAAUUAUUUGAAUGUUUUACGCCCAUUACAAACGGAACAAGAACAUAUUAAGACUAAAAAUGCCGUUGAAAAUUUCCUUAAAAAUGGUACUGGUCAAUAUUUAGAUGCAGCAUUACGUGAAUAUGCUAAAACCAGACCAAGUUAUAUCGAACAAUUUUGGUACGAUUCUUACUUAAAUUAUGAUUCUCCUGUUGUUUUAAACUUGAACCCUUUUUUCUUAUUAGAAGAUGAUCCUUUCACCAACGAGUCUAGUUCUGUUAAUCCUCAAGUUAAAAGAGCAACUAGUUUAGUCAUGUCUUCUUUGAAAUUCAUUCAAGCAUUGAAGAAUGAAACUUUAAGUGUUGAUACUUUGAAGAACGGCAAACCGUUAUGUAUGUAUCAAUAUACUAAAUUAUUUGGUGCUUCAAGAAUUCCAUCUAAUGAAGGUUGUGUGAUGCAAAGUGAUCCUACAAGUAACCAUAUUGUGGUUAUGUCCAAAUCACAAUUUUACUGGUUUGAUGUUUUGGAUAGUAAGAAUAACUUGAUUUUAAGUGAUGCCGAAUUGAAUGUCAAUUUCCAAUCUAUUAUUCAUGAUUCUUUAAGAACUCCUCACGAUGAAGUUGCUAAAAGUUCCUUUGGUGUUUUAACUACCGAAAACAGAAGAAUUUGGGCAAACGUUAGAAACAAUUUGAUGUCCACUUCAAACAAUAAAGUUAAUCAUGAAGUUUUAUCAAUUAUUGAUUCCGCUUUAUUUGUUUUGUGUUUUGAUGAUAUUGUCAUCAAUGAUUUAUCUGAAUUAUCAAAGAACAUGCUUUGUGGAUUAUCUAUUUUGGAUAACGGUAUUCAAGUUGGUACUUGUACCAACAGAUGGUAUGAUAAAUUACAAAUCAUUGUCACCAAAAAUGCUAAAGCUGGUAUUAAUUUUGAACACACUGGUGUUGAUGGUCAUACUGUUUUAAGAUUUGUUAGUGACAUUUACACUGAUUCUAUUUUAUCAUUUGCUAAUUCCAUCAACAGCAAUGCUCCUUCAUUAUGGAACACCACUACUAACUACAAAGAAUUAGAUGGGGAAGAUUUAAUCACUGUUCCACGUAAGUUAGAAUGGGAAUUAACUCCUGAUUUAUCUUUGGCAUUAAGAUUUGGUGAAACUAGAUUGUCUGAUUUAAUCAAUCAAAAUGAAUUCCGUCAUUUGGAAUUUAAAAACUAUGGUUCUACUCAAAUUAAGAAGAUGAAAUUUUCUCCAGAUGCUUUUGUUCAAAUGGCAUUUCAAGCUACUUAUUAUGCACUUUAUGGUAAAGUUGAAUGUACUUAUGAACCAGCCAUGACUAAACAAUUCUAUCAUGGUAGAACUGAAGCUAUUAGAACUGUUUCUCAAGAAUCAAACUUAUUUGUCCGUAAAUUCUUUGAUUCAAGUGUUUCAAUUCAAAAGAAAUUAGAAUAUUUGAACCAAGCAUGUACCAAACAUUCACAACAAACUAGAAUGAGUUCUGCUGGUCAAGGUGUUGAUCGUCAUUUAUAUGGGUUAUUUUGUAUUUGGAAAAGAUAUUUACAAGAUGCUGAAAGUAACGAUGAUAAGGAGCCAACUUCAACUGAAUUAUCGAGAGAUGAUACAAUUAUCGCGCAAACUGAUUCAAACACCGAUGAUGAUGAUUCAACUACUAUUGUUGGAAAUCACAACAAUUUGAAAAAUCCAGAUUUAUUGAAAACUAUUCCUGAAAUUUUUGCUGAUGCUGGUUGGGAUAAGUUGAAUAAUACAAUCAUUUCCACUUCAAAUUGUGGUAACCCUUCAUUGAGAUUAUUUGGAUUUGGUCCAGUUUCAGCUAAUGGUUUUGGUAUUGGAUAUAUUUUAAAGGAUGAUUCUAUUUCCAUUUGUGCAUCUUCAAAGCAUCGUCAAACUCAAAGAUUUUUAGUUACUUUGAAUUCUUAUUUAUUAGAAAUCCAAAAUAUUUGGAAACAAGCUCAAUCUAUGGAAAAAUUAAAGAUUGAAUUAGAAAAAGCCAUUGGUAACAACAACAAAGAAACCACCAUUGCUGCUACUCCGGAUGGUGCUCUUGUUGAACCAAAACCAAAUAACUUGAGUACACUUUUGGGUGGGUAUGGUUAUUUCGAUAUGGGUGAAGAAGAUAUUAAAAGUAGAGGCCAAUCUCCAGAACCUCCAUUCUUACACCGUGCUGGUUCUGGUUUCAGUAUUCGUGAAAUUGGGAAGAAAUUGAGAUUGAGUGAAUACUAG